UCUCCCUGCGUUAGCCCAGCCCCCACUGGGAGCAUAAAUACCAGCUCCUGAGGAGAGCUACAACCCCGAACAGAUCACCUGGAGAGAGCAUUCAGGUCAUAGGAAAAAGUCCUCAGGAUGAAAGCGGUGGUUUUGACCCUUGCCCUGGUCUUCCUCACAGGGAGCCAGGCCAACCAUUUCUGGCAGCGCGAUGAACCCCAGUCACCCCUGGAGCAGAUGAAGGAUGUCUUAACGGUCUACCUGAACAACCUCAAGGACACUGGCAAGGAUUACAUGACUCAGCUCGAGUCCUCCUCUAUGGGCAAAGAACUGGACCUGAAGAUUUCAGACACACUGAGUUCCCUGGGCUCGGCUUUCACUGCUUUCUAUCAUGAACUCAGUCCUAAUUACCAGGAACUCAGGGACAGCAUCAUUAAGGAAACAGAGGAGCUACGGCAGGAGAUGACAAAGGGCCUGGAAGAAGUGAAGAAGAACAUCCAGCCCCACCUGGAAGAGUUUGAGAAGAAGUGGCAAGAGGAUUUAGAAACCUACCACAAGAAGGUCGUCCCAAUGACCCUGGAGCUGAAGGAAGGCGCCCAGAAGAAGUUCAGUGAGCUCCAUGAGAAGCUGAGCCCCUUGGGCCAAGAAAUCCGGGAUCGUGCCCAGAGCCACAUUGAGACCCUUCGGGAGUACGUGAGUCCCUACCAAGAGAAGCUCAAGACCAACCUGAGCCAGAAGCUGCAGGAACUCCGGGAGAAAGGUCUUCCCUCUGCCUCUGACUAUCAAGCCAAGAUGGCCCAGCAGCUGAAAACCAUUAAGGAGAAGGUCUUGCCUUUCCUGGAGGACCUCAAGCAAAGUGCUGGGCCUGUUUCACAGAAAUUCAAAUCUGAGUUUCUGACCAUGGUGGAGGAAGCCCGGAAGUCCUUGAGCAGCCAGUGAGGACAUCCCCCUCCCCCUCAAUACUGCCUCAGUGACCAGCUCCAAUCCAAAUUACUCCCCCUUUUAAAGCUGUAGGCCACAUCUGGACAGGGAGCCACGGCCAAAAAACAAAUAAGGCUUCCAAUGCAGGCCGCAACUAGCUACCACUCUACUCCUGCCAUCAGUGCCACACGGCGCCCCCAGCGGCGUUCCUCUCACUCCUUUGUUUCCCUUAUUUCUGGGAACACAGGGAAGUGAUGGAUUUGGAGAGGAAUUCAUGGAGACCGACACAUCCCUAGGUUGCUGUGUGUGCACAUGCGGUGGGGAGAGAGGGAUGGGGGUGACCCUCUCUCCUGGCUCUUCAGUGUCCCUUUCUGCCUUUCUCAGGCUUGGUUUUUUUUUUUCUCUCUUGAUUUUGUGGAAUAAAAGAUGUCUAAGUUAUCAAGCAA